CCUAGUUGAAUUCCCGUCGCAGGAAAAGGAAAGCAGAAAAUGCUGCUGCCAAUAAAAGGACUUUUCACUUGCCAUGACCAGCCCGAUCGCGGCACUGCCCUUCUGUGAUUGCAGGAGGAUUGCCGAGAAGGACCCGUUGAUCUCGGUGGAACGGGCGUCUGUAUGAAAGAAUAAUGGUCCAGAUUUAAAUACACACAGUAUCCAAAGUGGUGUCAACAGUCAUAGAACCUGUCAUGGCUUCUGAAGCAAGUGUUGUCAAAAAGAAAGACCCCUCAAGCACGCUCAACAAGCCCAAGAAGAAAAAGCAGGCAGCCUCAGCAAAUAUUUCAAGUGAACCAUAUUUAUACGAAUUCCAAAAACCAGAUCUUGAAAUAUGCAUGAGAGACAUUACUUGCAGCAUUCUGAAUUGUGAAAUACCGUCAGCAGAAUGUGUCAGCUUACUGAAUGAUUAUGUUGAAUCAGAGUUCUUUCUGAUUGAUGGUGAUUCAUUGUUCAUCACUUGUGCAAGAGAAUUAACAUUACAGCAAGGACAAAGCCUGCACUUCUUUUACCUAGUUGAACGCUUUCUCCUGGAUUUAACAAGCAAAGGAGCAAAAUAUAUCAUUGUUUUCUUUAAAGAUGCAGAACAUCUAUAUUACAGAAAUCCUGGUCUCCUUUCUUGGAGAACUGCAUUGAUCAUCCAUCUGAGGAAAAAUACUGGAAUUGAAAUACAUACUGAAUUUUCUAACUGCUUAGAUAGCAGCUGGAAAACAUUUUUGGAUGAGCACUAUCCAUAUUUUGUAAUAAUCUCUGAUGAAGGAUUGAAUGAGUUGCAGACUAAUUUUCUCCAUAUAUUUAUUAUGCAUACCUUGUCAAAACAAAUCAAUGUUGUACUUACUUCAGGUCAAAAAUCAGAUACAAUCCGAGUUUAUGGGUAUCACAUACGAAGUAAAUAUAAGCACCAGCAUUUUUUUCAAAAGAACGAAGCGAAGGUGAAAUCUUACUAUUGGUCACUGGUUAAAUAUUUGAAGGACUUCAGUGCAAAAGGAUGCAGUUUACUUUCUGGAUGUUCAAGUCUGAAGGUUUUGAUGACAAAGGUUCAGACAGAACUGCAGUUACAGAAGGAAAUAGAAAACCUCCGGUACAUCGUCUGUGUUGUCACCUGUUCACUGGUCUUGGAAUUCCACAGUCAGGGAAAUGUGGAAACAGCAUUAACACUGCAAGAAGCUGGAGACCUCAUUCGGAUGUAUUGCCUCAGUGUGGUUUUUCUUCAGCAUGUGCCCCUUUCACAGCGAGCUCAGAUUAGAGACAUCGAUGUCUGCUGGAAGAAGGAAGUACUAAAGUUUAUAGAGCAGCAUAAACUCUGUGAAUGUCAUGUCCUGGAACAUCUAGUCACUCAGACUUCAUGGAAUGUGGAUCUUUCCGCCUUGCCUGAUUUAAGUGAUGAUCUCUUGUGGAGGAACAUCGCAUUUUAUUUUGAAGCAGAAAAAAGCUCUGGGAUUGAUUUGGAUAUAGGAGCAAUAAUGAAAAGAGAUUAUGAGCUUCUGUGGUCACUUAUCACAGCUCUGUCUGAAACAUGUAAUAUUGGAACGUCAUUUCCUCUACGAACAGCAUCCAAUUCUUUUCUUGAAAAAAAAUGUUCACCUACCACAGCCAAUGCAUCAAAGAUGACAUUUCUUAAUCCUGGACUUAUACCAAUCAAGAAUGCUGUAGUGGAUGAAUUUGCUGGGGAUAUUUUAACUGGUCUGCCAUUUUUAAAAAGCAAUGAUUCUGCAAUUACUUCACUUAAGAAACAGAAAGAGUUUGAUGAACUUCUGCACUGGCAUUCAGGAAGACCCCUUAGUGAUGAUUAUGACAGAACAAAAGAGUUCUAUAAGGGUGGUUUUGAAGGAGCAAGGAAAGAUCCACAACUGUUUAUCCUACAACAGAAACAAAAGUUCCUAAGAUUUCAACGAUUUUAUGGGCAAUCAUUAGAAGGUAACUUGUCAAGAACAAUUGUUACUCAGUCAGAACGACCAAAGAAGGCUUAUGCAAAUGCCAAGAAAAGCAAGAAAAUCCAAAAGACAAAAGCAGAAAUUAUUAUUGAAGAGAACCAAAAGAGAAAGAGAACUGAAGAAGAGAAAAAAGAAGAACACAGAUGGGGCACUCUUUCAGUGAUGAUUGAAGCAAGCAUCAAAGAGGAUAUGGCAUCUGGUAUUCAGCAUCUAGAAGAAUUUCUGAAAAAUUGUCAGAGUGCAUCUGUGAAAUGUAGUGCAGAAAUGGCAGCACUAACCCUUUGCUUUGGUCUGUGGACAGAACACUGCAAGACAGAGGGCAAAACUGACAAGAACUUAAAUAUAGCAGUUGAAGUCAUGAGACGAAUCCAUUCUUUAAUUGUAAAAUAUGGACAUAAGGAUCUACUGAAGGAGACUGAUUUCCAGCAGAUUGACAAAUACCUCUGUAGCCUUGGAUUUGACAACCUGUCUACUUCUUUACAAUAUAACAAGGUUUCAGAAGAUGGGAGGAAAGACCUUAAAAGCAAGCAUUCAAAAUAUGCUGUCGGCAUGGGGUCUUCCCGGUUUCAGCUGAAGUGUAUGGGCCACUAUCUCAUACGGGAAGAGAGAGAAGAUCCUGAUCCCAGAGUGAAACAUUUUAUUCCAGAUACAUGGCAGAGAGAACUUCUUGAUAUUGUGGAUAAUAAGGAGUCUGCAGUAAUUGUUGCUGCUACGUCAUCUGGCAAGACAUAUGCCUCUUACUAUUGUAUGGAGAAAAUCUUGAGCGAGGACAAUGAAGGGGUGGUUGUGUAUGUUGCUCCUACAAAGGCACUCGUUAAUCAAGUGAGUGCGGUCAUUUACAAUCGAUUUAAUAAAGUGCUGCCAGCUGGUCUUUCCCUAUGUGGUGUUUUUACACGAGACUAUCGGCAUGAUGCUUUGAACAGUCAGAUACUGGUAACAGUGCCUCAGUGUUUAGAAAUCUUACUUCUGUCACCACAUCGACAAGCAUGGGCUGAAAAGAUAAGAUACGUUAUAUUUGAUGAGGUUCAUUGUCUUGGAGGUGAAAUUGGAGCAGAAGUUUGGGAACAUCUUCUAGUUAUGAUUCGGUGCCCCUUUUUGGCACUCUCUGCAACCAUAAGUAACCCCAAACAUCUUGUUGAAUGGCUGCAGUCUGUAAAAAGAUACUGGCAAUAUACGGAAAGUGUUUUAGCACAAGAUCCUGGCCUUUCCACAACUGUUAAGAAAAGGGCAAAAGUAACGAGAAGUUCUCAAUCAUACAAGGUUAAAUUAGUGCAAUAUGGAGAGAGAUACAAUGAUUUAGAAAAAUAUGUGUGCUCCCCCAGUGGUGGCGACUUCAUGAUUCAUCACUAUCAUCCUUGUGCUGCAUUAACUUUGGACCAUCUUGAGAGAUAUGGUUUCCCCUUGGAUCUGUCUCUGUCGCCUCGAGAAACAGUCAUGUUGUAUGAUGCUAUGGUAAAUGCUUGGACAAAUUGGCCAAGGGCAAAUGAACUGGACCCUGAGGAGUUUUUGAAAGACAAAGUGGUAAUCACAAAGGCAGAUGCAAGAAAUUAUGAAAAAGAGAUGAAAGAGGAACUAAAAAUGUGGAUUAAAUGUGGUAACUCUGAUAAGGCAAAAAAAGUGCUGUCGCUGCUUAAGCCUCGACCUACUCAGUGUUCUGAAAAUCAGAUGAAGAUGUAUUUUCCUCAUUUUGUUGAGAAGCUACACCAGAUGGAUAAAUUGCCUGCACUGUUUUUCCUAUUCAAUAUUCAUGAAGUGGAAAACUGGGCUAACAUAGUCUGCAAUUUCUUAGAAGAGAAACAAAGGAAGAUGCAAAUCUCAGGUUCUGCAAAGGAAGAAAAAUUAAUUAAAAAAAGUAAAAAGAUUGAAAAAUCAUUGACAGAAAAUGACUUUAAACGGACCCAUAAAGAAGACCAAAAAAUGGUUUGGGAGGCUGAACUUGGUAUCCUAAAGACUCUACUGGAUAAGAUUUCUAAAAUUCCUGCAGACUGCACAUAUGCAAAUGAAAAAGCUAUUGAUAAUGAGUUUUUGGACCAGAUAUUUCAUCGAGCACGAUUUCUAAGAAAACACAGCAUGCUGAAAAAAUUGGCAUUAAGAGGCAUUGGAUAUCACCAUGCAUCUGUGGAGCAGAAAGGAAGGCAGAUGGUGGAGAUGCUUUUCAGGAAGGGAUUUAUCCAGGUGGUAACAGCUACAGGAACCUUGGCUUUGGGAGUCAACAUGCCAUGUAAAUCUGUUGUUUUUGUGCGAAAUUCUGUAUAUUUGGAUGCAUUGAACUACAGACAGAUGUCUGGAAGGGCUGGACGACGUGGCCAAGAUUUGUUGGGGAAUGUAUAUUUCUAUGACAUCCCAUUACCUAAAAUAGAAAAGCUGAUUAAAUCAAAUGUGCCUGAACUUAGAGGACAGUUUCCUCUGGGCAUUUCUUUGAUACUGAGACUCAUGCUUCUGGCUUCAAAAGCAGAUAAUAAAGCAGAUGCAAAGGCAAAGGUUUUGUCAAUACUGAAGCAUUCACUUCUUUCCUUCAAACACCCAAGGAAGCUGGAGAUGUUGAAGCUGUAUUUUUUGUUUUCUUUACAGUUUCUUGUGAAGGAGGGAUAUCUGGAUCAGUGUGGUAAUACUACAGGAUUUUCUGGACUUGUGACUCAUUUGCAUUACCACGAACCUUCCAACAUCAUUCUAGUUGAAUUUCUUGUCAAAGGGUUGUUCCACAAGCUGUGCCAACCAAUCAAGCAAGGAUCAAAGGUUUUUUCAGAGGAUGUGAUGGAAAAGCUGGUGCUAGUACUGGCACAUCUUUUUGGAAGAAGAACCCUACCAGCUGCUAUUCUCAAGUCUACAAGGAAAUUUUAUCAAUCAAAGGUAUUUCUAGAAGAUCUCCCUGAAGAUUUUGCAGCUGCUUUGAAAGAAUACAACUGCAAAAUAGAAGAGAAUUUUGGACAGUUUUUGCAGAUUGUUUCUGCUCUAGCUGACAUGAAGCAAGAAUAUCAACUUCCACUUUCAGAACUUGAUUUUUCAAGUAAAGAACAACCCGACUCUCAACUUGCAUCUCAUUUAAUGAGUUGUGACACAGGAAGGACAGCAGUAUCACCUUUUGUGUGCCUCUCAGGAAAUUCAGAAAUUGAUUUGCAGCAUGCAAGGACUAUCAAUAGUGUCCUACUGCGCACAAUUGGCAUUACUGGUGCAAAUAUUCCUGUCCUCCCAUUGAAGCAAUAUGAUAAUCAGGGAAGAAGAAUGCCAAUCAAUGCAUAUUUGCUUGACUUUUAUAAACAUGGAUCUUUGGUAGCAAUGAAUCAGGACAAUGGUAUACAUGAGGGAGAAGCUUAUGUUUUACUGAAGGAUUUUUGCCUCGUUCUUCAAGCAAUCAGUGUUUCUCUGCGUGAAAUCUGUGACAAUGAGGAUGAUCAUGUUGUACAAGCAUUUGAACAAUUAAGUGAAAUUUUCUGGGAGAAACUGAACAAAGUGUGAAGAGAAUUUUUUAUAAACCGGCUUGGAAAUGGUACUUAACUCCAGUUAAAUUGAAUUACAUGAAUAAUGAAUAUUCCAACAUGUGCUGAAGAUGCAACCAAGAAGUGGGGACAUAUUUCAUAUGUUGUGGAACUGUAAAUAUAUGAGUUUGGGGAAAUGAUUUUUAAAGAAAUUGGAAAAAUAUUGAAUUUAAAUAUUAGAGGUUGACCCUGGAUUUAUCAUUAUUAUUCAGAGAAUAGAUGGGAUAAAAUACUAAAGAACUGAUGAUAAAUUAACAGCAGUAAGAUUAAUAAUAUCAAGGAAUUGGAAAACAAAAGGUGAAUAUCAUAUAGUAGACUGGUAUAAAUAAGUCUGGAAUAUAGCUAUUAAUAAGUUAACUAUGAUAUUAAAUGGAAAAAAGUUUGGACAAGUGAAAAUAAAUUAUGAAAGUAUUUGUAAACCUUUUAUUGAAUAUAUUUUAAUAAAAGGAAAGGGGUGUGAACCACCGCGAGAGUCAAUUCAGUACUGGAAGGAAAGUUGGACAACCUGAAUGAAUAAAUUAUCUUACGUUAAUUAGAGUUGUUGGUCCUGAUGGAGGUAACACCGAUGUUGA